AUGAGGAGCGUCUUCGUUAUCGUCUUGUCCAUCCUGUACACCUCAAGUGCAUCCUCCGGUGCAUCCAGCGCUGCACCUGCUUUGCCAGGUCGCAGCCUGCGUGGUGCAGAGGAUGCCAGGCUCCUGCAGCUCAUGCCAGAAGACACCACACCCCGGGUUGGGGUGCCGCAAUGUGGGCCAGGCUACGUGGACAGCACAGCAGGGAACGCGCGCUACCCUUGGCGUUGUGCUGCCUCAUGCCCGGGAGGGAUGUGGUGGGCCAGCCAUGACUGCUUCUGCGCCUGCGUUCCCUCGCAGUCAGUCUACACUCCUCCGCCCAGCUCAGUGACGUCUCAGCCAGUCACCAGCCAACGCCCUCAGACAACCAUGGGCUACGUUCCCGUGCAGCCAAGCCCGGCACCCAGCCCCUACGUGUACGAGGCCCCGAAAGAGCCCAACACCACCCCAGCCCCUGCCUCCGCAACUCCAGCAGCUCGAGCAGCGCCCCAAGCUGAGGGAGGAGACUUCCCUGUCGGUGCAGCAGCCACAGUGGUCGGCAUUCUACUGGUGUGUGGGGCCAUCACAUGCCUUUGGGUAUGCUUGGGUCCUGGGCCUGAGAAAUCGGUGCUCGUUGCUGAGGUCCCAGCAGUGACAGUCCACUCGCCAAAGAACUAUUGCCCCCAGCCACCCCAGCUGACUGACCCAGUGAAGCCUCCACGUUCGAGCAGCAAGAUGUCAACUGUCACAGUGUCAUCAGACCACGCCCUGAUUCCCGGAUCCCGGAAGAGCAGCCGCGUGAGCUGCGGGUCCAUCGGGUCCCAAACCUCGAACCCCGCGAACCCGCAGAACACGGCGCCGAAGAAUAAUUGGGAGAUGAUGAGCACCACAUCCAGCUGUGCCUUGCCGCCCGUGAUCAUCAACUCGACACUGUGGGCGCACCAUGUGGAUGAAGUCACAGCUGGCAGUCAAAGCCGUCAGCUGACGCCCGAGCGCUCACGAGGCUCUUCCAAGAUGUCGCGUGUCGAGCCGGAGACUAGCUCGCGUGGCGCCAGCAAGUCUUCGACCAAGUCUCGCGCGCGGUAG